AUAUGGCUUGAAUCAUGUAUUUUUUUUUUUUUAUAAAGUACUUGAAGCAGUUUUUACAUAUAUUAUCUGUUUGCCUCCUGGGAGAUAAAUAAAGACCUUUUAAAAGCUGAGUUUUUAUUUUUUUAAAACUUUUAUUAUGGAAAAUGUCAAAUGUAAAAAGAAGUAGAAUGAAAUAAUGAACUUCAUGUACCCAUCACUCAGGUUGAACAGUCACCAAUUUAUGAGGCCAGUCUCCUUUUAGCUAUAAGGACCUCGUAACCCCUCUCCAGUUUCUUACAUGUUUUAAUAAAUACCUACAUCAAGUGGUAAAUAGAGACAAGAUAGCACAGGGCAGCUAAAUUUAGGGAAGCACACCAAGGAAGACAGAAGGAAAUAGCAGUUGUGAGCUAUCAAACAGAUUCUUUCUCUGCUUUUGUCCUUCACUUUUUUUUAAUAGGUUGGUAUCACUCUCACAUUUGUUUUGUAAUAUACCCACUUUCAGAUUAAAUUUUAUACCCUUUUGUUCUCCCUAAUUGUUUUUUUUCCUCAAGGAUGUCUACAUUCUUUAUUUUUAUUUGCUUUUCAUUUAUAUGAAAAUGUUGGGAGGUCUGUGGCAGGGCAUGAAAUUUAAUUUGCCCUGGGACCAAACACUUAACUGGAAAUGUCUUUUUGAUCAUCUGGAUUGCAGAAGAGAAGUUGUUUUUAUCUGUAUGGCAGAUUAAUCAAAAUAAGCUUUGUUGUGAUCAUGGCUCUGGUGACUCUAGUCCCUCCCUAGAAGUUAUUUAAAAUUGUCAAUAUUCAAAUAGUUGAUUGCCAGCUUUAACCAUUCUGCUAGAUUUGAACACUUUGUGGCAUAGAUUCUGGGAAAAAUCUUUAUUUGGUCUUCUAAAAAUGGAAAUUGACUAUCAAGAUUUAAAUAACAUAAUUUUCCAGAAAUUAUAAAAUUGGCAUUCUUUUAGUGAUAAAAGUACUAUAAAAGAUUUAAAGAGAGGGCCUUGAGCAGAGUUUGACUCUUUUUUUUUUUUCUGGACUGAAAUGGAGGCUUUCUUUCAAGCGAAUUCCCUGAUGUUUGCUGUGUGUGAUUUGGCUCCAUCUCUGUAACUACUAAUAUACGGCAUGGACUUCCAGCUGCCUGGGAUCUGGAUGUGCCUAAAGUCUGUAUUGCAAGUCCGGAUUCAUAGGCAUUGUGUUACAAAACUGGCUUGCUGCCUUUUCUGUUUUCUGUGUCCUGAGUAGCUGCAUUGUUUGUUGCAGUAAAUGCAUUAGCUGUUGUCUGCGUUCAGUUUCUUGCAGGCUGACAAAGUGGGAGGGGCUUUGUUUGAUACAUAACUGAGUUUUCACUCUGUGAGUUCUUGAGUGCACAUUGCAGCCAUCUUAAUUACACUUGAGUGCAACUGAGACAGUGCAGCUGUCUCAAAAUGGCUGCUAGCCUAGUCUUUGUAGCUGCCUAGUCAGUAACUGCCAGUGUGGAGAACUGUCACAUGUAUCACAAGCAGAGAUUCAAAAUGGAUGGUAUAGAAGAACCUCAGAAGAAAGUCUUUAAGGCUCGAAAAACAAUGAGAGCGAGUGAUCGUCAACAACUGGAAGCAGUUUACAAGGUCAAAGAAGAACUGUUGAAAACUGAUGCCAAGCUGUUAAAUGGUAAUCAUGAAAAUGGAGAUUUGGACCCAACAUCACCUUUGGAAAAUAUGGAUUAUAUUAAUGACAAGGACGAGGUGAAUGGCAUUGAAGAAUUUUGCUUUAAUCCUGAAAAAAGUAACUCAGAAUGGAAAGAAACAUCUUGUUCCUUAAAUGUUAAUGUAAAAAACAAGCCAGAUGAUGAGUUAAAGUGUGAACCUUUGUCUCCUAGUAAUAUAACUCCUGAAAUAACCUCUAAACUGACCACUGAACUAGAUUCUGGUGAUCCAGCUUCAGGUGAUCUGGAUAUUGGAGAUCCAUCAGCCUCUGGAGAUCUGGCCUCUGAAGUAUUAACCUGUAGUGACCCCACCUCUGGCAAUCCCACUUCUGGUGAUCCCACUUCUGGUGAUCCCACCUCUGGUGUUCCCACCUCUGAAGAGCCUGCCUCUGGUGAUCCUGCCUCUGGUGAUCCUGUCUCUGGUGACUUUAUCUCUGGUGAGUCAGUCUCUGGUGAACCGGUCUCUGGGGAGCCAGUCUCUGGUGAGCCAGUCACCAGAGAGCCAGUCUCUAGUGAACUGAUACCUGGUGAGCCUGUCUCUGAUGAACUGGUCUCGGGUGAACCAGUGCCUGGUGAACUGGUCUCCGGUGAACCAAUAAUCUCCAGUGAUCCGACCUCUGAUAAUUCAGCCUCUGAUGAUCUGGCGGGUGAUGAUCCAGCCUCUGGUGAUCUGGCUUCUUGUGAUCCAGCUUGUGGUGAUCUAACCACUGGUGAUCAGGCCUCUGCUGAUCCGGCCUCUGGUGACCUGGUCUCUGAUGAACUGACUUCUGAUAAACCAACUUCUGAAUCAGCCUUUGAUCCCACCUUUGAACCAAGUUCUGUACCCAUUUGUGAGCCAGUUCCUAAUACUGACAAUAUAGAGCCUAGCAAUAAAGAUCAUGGUUUUCUUGAAAAAAAUGGGGAUGAUGAAAAGUUAGAUGAAAUUUUCUCAUUUGAUGAGAAAAAUAAAGCUGAUAGUAAUAUUGAUGACGAUGAAGAAACUCUAGAAGCAGAUGAUACAAUUAUUUGUCCAGAUCUACCUCCUGAAAAUGAAAAGCAGGUAGAGGAAGAUACAGUCACAGAACCUGUUCUUGAAGAAGAAGCUAUAUCUAGCAGUACAGAAAUUGACCAAAAUGAAAAGAAUGAAGAUGAAAAUUCUACCGACCUCACAGAAUCUAUUAGUGAAAAUGUUAUGAAAGAUGACAAAAAUGAGAAUAUCUUAGAAAAUACAGAUUCUAUGGAGACAGAUGAAAUUAUUCCUAUUUUGGAAAAGCUUGCACCUGCUGAAGAUGAACUUACUUGCUUUUCUAAAACUUGUCUUCUUCCAAUUGAUGAAACAAAUCCAGAUUUGGAAGAGAAGAUGGAAGGUUCUUUUGGUUCACCAUCUAAACAAGAAAGUAGCGAGAGUUUGCCAAAAGAAGCCUUUUUGGUUCUCUCUGACGAAGAGGAUAUUUCAGGUGAAAAAGAUGAGUCCGAAGUUCUAUCACAAAAUGAGACAUGCUCUCCAGAAGUAAAAAAUAAUGAAAAGGACAGGAAACCAGAGGAAGAAGAGCAAGUAAUACCUGAAGAUGAAAGACCUGAGAAAAUUGAAUUUUCCAGAAGAAAACGGUCUAAAUCAGAGGACAUGGAUAAUGUACAGUCCAAACGCCGUCGAUACAUAGAAGAAGAAUAUGAGGCAGAAUUUCAAGUAAAGAUUACAGCCAAAGGAGAUAUUAACCAGAAACUACAAAAGGUUGUACAGUGGUUGCUGGAAGAAAAAUUGUCUGCGCUACAGUUUGCUGUAUUUGAUAAGACUUUGGCAGAAUUGAAAACACGAGUGGAAAAGAUCGAAUGUAACAAGAGGCAUAAAACAGUUCUUACUGAAUUACAGGCCAAGAUAGCCAGGUUAACCAAACGCUUUGGAGCUGCCAAAGAAGACCUAAAGAAAAGACAAGAAAGUCCACCAAACCCACCUGUACCUGUAUCACCAGGAAAGUCUGUAGUUGAUGUCAACAGCAGUAAUAAUGUACCGUACAGAAAUACAGGUACAGUGAGACAGUUGCUGGAGUCUAAAAGAAAUGUAAGUGAGAGCACACCGCCAUCCUUUCAGACCCCUGUGAAUACAGUGUCUUCAACGAGUCUUGUCACUCCUCCAACAGUUGUCAGUAGUCAACCUAAACUGCAGACUCCAGUGACUUCGGGUUCUUUGACAGCAACAUCAAUUCUUCCUGCACCCAGUACAGCUACAGUAGUGGCUACUACUCAGGUGCCUAGUGGAAAUCCCCAACCUACAAUCUCUUUACAAUCUCUACCUGUGAUUUUGCACGUACCUGUUGCAGUAUCCUCUCAGCCUCAGCUCCUGCAGAGCCAUCCGGGGACUUUAGUGACUAAUCAACCAUCUGGCAAUGUUGAAUUCAUUUCUGUACAGAGCCCACCUGCAGUGAGUGGUCUUACCAAAAAUCCAGUAUCCUUGCCAUCCUUGCCAUCCUUGCCAAACCCCACUAAAACAAACAAUGUUCCUUCUGUGCCCAGUUCUACUAUUCAAAGGAACUCUCCUGCCAGUGCUGCACCAUUAGGAACAACACUUGCUGUACAGGCUGUUCCAACAGCACACUCUAUUGUACAAGCCACAAGGACUUCUUUACCCACAGUAGGCCCAUCAGGACUUUACAGUCCAUCAAAUAAUAGAGGUCCUAUACAGAUGAAAAUUCCAAUUUCUGCUUUUAGUACUUCGUCAUCUGCAGAACAGAGCAGCACUACUACCCCAAGAAUUGAAAACCAGACAAACAAAACAAUAGAUGCUUCUGUUAAUAAAAAAGCGGCUGAUAGCACAUCACAGAGUGGAAAAGCCACUGGCAGUGAUUCAGGUGGUGUCAUUGACCUCACAAUGGAUGAUGAAGAGAGUGGAGCUUCACAAGAAACUAAAAAGCAAAAUCAUACUCCUGUGUCAGCCAUGGCUUCUUCUCAGCCUGUGUCUCGACCGUUGCAACCUAUCCAGCCGGCACCGCCUCUUCAACCGUCUGGGGUGCCAACAAGUGGACCAUCUCAGACAACGAUACACUUACUACCUACAGCUCCAACCACCGUGAAUGUAACACAUCGUCCAGCAACUCAGGUGACCACAAGGCUUCCUGUACCAAGAGCUCCUGCAAACCAAGUGGUUUAUACAACUCUCCCUGCACCACCAGCUCAGGCUCCCCUGCGAGGAACUGUCAUGCAGGCUCCUACUGUUCGGCAGGUCAAUCCCCAAAAUAGUGUCACAGUUCGAGUGCCUCAAGCAACUACAUACGUUGUAAACAAUGGACUAGCCCUGGGAUCAGCAGGACCUCAGCUCACAGUGCACCACCGACCACCACAAGUGCACACCGAGCCCCCACGCCCUGUGCACCCAGCUCCCUUACCAGAAGCCCCACAGCCACAGCGUCUGCCCCCAGAAGCUGCCAGCACAUCUCUGCCUCAGAAGCCACACUUGAAGUUAGCACGAGUUCAGAGUCAAAAUGGCAUUGUACUGUCAUGGAGCGUUCUGGAAGUGGAUCGAACCUGUGCCACUGUUGACAGCUACCAUCUCUAUGCUUACCACGAGGAGCCCAGUGCCACCGUCCCCUCACAAUGGAAAAAGAUUGGAGAGGUAAAGGCACUUCCUUUGCCCAUGGCAUGCACUCUCACCCAGUUUGUAUCUGGCAGCAAAUAUUACUUCGCAGUACGGGCCAAGGAUAUUUAUGGACGUUUUGGACCUUUCUGCGAUCCUCAGUCAACGGAUGUGAUCUCUUCUGCCCAGAGCAGUUAAACCUUGGAGCCUUUAUCUCUUUCUCUUUGAAAAGUUCCACUUUUUGGUCUUGUUUUAAUCUUGUGCAUGAUACUCAUUGUAAAAUUUACAUUGUGCAAGAUUUCUUGGACCAAUGUGUAUAUACACUACAUUUGUUUAUAAUCAGAGUUAAAUAAACUCAGCCCAUAAAGCAAGAAUCUUUUCCUGGACAAUUCAAGCUUCAAGGUUUUGAAAUGUAAACAUGCACCUUCCUUUAGUUUUGAGGCUGGGGGAUAUGUAUGGGUGUUUGUGUGGGCUUUUUUUUUUUUUCCUAUUUAUAUGUUUAUUGCCGUGGAAUCUCCCAUUUUCAUUCUCAGAUUUACCUCUCUUUUAGUAUAAAGUAAGUAUUGAUAGAUCAAAGGAUAUGAGGUAUUUAACUGGCAUGAUUCUGCUCCUAAGGGAUCUGUAGAUUCAUAGUUAAAUAAUUUUAACAAAAUCUAAACAAAAACCCAAAGGAAAAAAAAGCAAAAUGGUUAAGUAGUUUAAAAUAGGUUAAUUUGAACACAAGAAAGGAUCUGUUCAUCUUUUUUUUUUUUUUGUCUCUCUGGGUUGUUAAUUUGGUCAACAUCUGUGAUGGCCCCUCCCUUUUCUAAGUUUUACUUUUACAUUUAUUUUUGUGCCUUAAAGAUUAACUACAAAAAUAAGCAUGGCCAUUUGUCCAUUGUUUACUCUUCCCUUUCAGCCUUUUAAUAUUUUUCCUUCAUGUCCACAAAAUAUAGCACACUCCCUCAAGUAGAUUUUAAACCAAGGCUUUUAUGUAUGUUCUUUGUCAGUGGCAUUACUACAUUUAACUCCAAAAAUUUGACUUGCUAUUUUUUCUAAGAAUAUAAAUGCUUUUAUUUUUGGUCACUAUUUAAAUUAACUUUAUGUAAAGUGGACCAAGAGAAGACUAUGUGAAGAAAAUUUUCCUUCAAACUUAUUUUAGUAUCUGUGUUCACACUGUGUUAGAAAUUAUGAAAACAAUUCUAGUUAAUCGCUCAAAGCGUAUGUAGUAUUCUUUCAAAGGAAAGAGUCAAAUUCACAAAACACAGUGAGCUGAAAUAUUAAUGGAAAAGAUCCAUUAUUUCUAUUCUCAUAACAUUAUUUGUUAACAUUUGACUUCAUUUUGAUGGUGCCAAGUUUUGUCUGAUUUACCCUAUGUCAGCUUUGGAUAGCAUUUAAACUAUAUCCUUUGGGGUCAUUUUAUGUAACAUUUAGAUAUAACUUACUGUGCAUCUCUGCUCCUCUUCAAAGUUCAUCAGAUUCAGCAUAGGUCUUGCAUUUUCCAUAUGAGUGGCAGCUCUGUUGGUAUUAGGUAGUUUUUUUGAGUAUAGUUUAGGACAGGACUGCUGGGUACAUUUGGGGUUGGGAAUGUGGUUGGGAAUAUUUUAAAAGGAAUUUAUGGAGUUUGUGAAAUAAUUUAUCAAGUCAUCUUCCCUUACCACAUUUGAAUUCAUAUUUCUACCUUCUGAAAUUAUACCUCUUGAAAUUAUAGGAGGGAGCUAUCCCUUCUAUUAAUGCUGCUUUGUUUGCAAUUUUGAUGGCUUGUAAUCGGAAGCGUUCCAGUUGUAGUCUUCAGAGACUUUCCCCAGUCCGUGUAUGUUGUUAGGUGUGAAGUUUGAUUGAUGCUGAAGAAAGCCUACGGAUUGCCAAACUAUCAAUGCUCCAGAGCCUUCCUUUCACUUUCAGAAAAUAAGACCACACAAGAAUUAAAGUUUCCAGGAAUCAAAUUUGCCAACCAACUAUGUAGAUAAUACUCACUCUAGGACUAAUGACCAUGGUAAAAAGGUUGCCAAUGUCAUGCCAAUGAAAAUUUCAAAAGGGAGAUACCUUCUAGAUGUAUAUGAACACUUAUCUGUAUCUGCAUGUGUGUAUGUUUCUACCUGCAAUGGUUGCAAUGUUGAUUAUGUGUUCAAGAUCAUUCCUGUCAACAGAAUAGAAAGCUCAUGUUCACAGUUGUUUUUUUAUUGGCCGGUUUUAUGGCCAUGUGAUAACAAUUUGCUUACCUAGCCUAGAAAAGGUUACCUUGGUGAAUGCUUUUAUUUAUAUUCACUGAUUCUUUUUAAAAAACCUUCAUAGCAUUAUAUAAUCAUGUGAAGAAAGCCCAGUAAAAUGAAAACAUUACAUUGUUUGGGCCUAUAUUGUGUUUUCUGUUAAAGAAAAGAAUUCUCAAGUAGUAACCUAAAAAUAGAUUUACUACAGUAAAAUAAUUUUUUUAUUCCAGAUGGUGGAAGGAAGGUACAAAGAAAGAUUGUAAUUAUUUGAGGAAAAAUCGUAUUAUAAAAAGUCUCCUCAAGUUAGCCUGCUAUGGGAUUUAUAGGCAACAGCUAUUUUGGAUUAACUGAAAGCUGCUAGGCUAGAACUCUAGUCUUUUAUUCGGGGCAGGUUUUAAUGUUGAUGAGCACUUUUUGUUUGGUUUGUUUCUUUUGGGAGAGAGAAUGGAGGACUCUACUAGAAAUAGCUACUGAUUAUAGACUUUCUGUAGCAGUUCACACCCCAUGAUAGCUUUUUAAAAUUCGUGGUACCUUAUCACAAAGUAUCACAAAUAAGCUUGUUUUUCCCAUUUUGGGAAUGCAAGUUUAAUAAAUUUUUAGCCUGACAAUACUUGUAUUAAGUAUUUGUUGGAAAUCCUGGAAAUUUCUGAUAUUUGAACCCAAAAUGUAGGGUGUUUAUAUGGCAUUUAGAGCUGUCAGUGACGUCUCUUUACUUUGCACUUUGUUAGAGUGAUGUUCACCCUGUUGUGUGAGUAAGCCUCUUUUCCAGAACUAUGUUAUUGCCAGUGAGUUUAUAAAUUACAUACAGUGAUAACAUCUGUAUUGUUGACAGUUAGCUUGAUGACGUAACUAUAUCCCUCUAUUUCCCUGGACUCACUUUUUGAAGUAUGCAGCGUAUUGUAUACUGUUUAACACAGUAGAAGUUAAUGAGAAAAGUGAAGGGAGCUUUCUUCCAUGGAAAGUGAGUAUUUAUUGUGGUACCAUUUGCCUCACAGCAAGAUGUUCCCCACUCUCCCCACCCCCAUUGUCAGAUAAAUGAAAGAUUUGUCUGAAAAACAAGUUCUAGAGUAAGGAUCUUAGAAUCUUAGGCACAUCUCUGCAGAACUCCUUAGGCAGGCUGUACCAUACAGUUUUCUUACUGUAUUGCAUAAGUGUUAACUUAGUUUUUGUUGUUUGCUCUUUUGAGUAUAUUUUCUAAAUUAUUAUUUAUGCAACAAGGUGUUGAUAUGCAUGACAUGCAUUUAUCUUGUUCCACAAAUUUUCUAGUACUGUACAAGAUUAACAAAAUAAUGCCUGUGGUAUCCUCCUCUCUCGCUUUUAUACACAUGAUUUUAGCACUGUGGAGUACUGCAAAGACCUUCCAAGUGUUCUCGCUGACUUUCCUUCUUGGGCUAUUUCAGUAUCUUACGAUUCACAUGUUGUUUUAAUUUUAUCAUUGACUAGUUGUCUUUGGCCUGUUUUAUUCUAAUUUCCAAACAAAAAUCAUGUCCCAGUAUUAGAUUAUUGCAGAUAACUUUAUUUAAAAACCAAUGUAUGAUUCUGCCUUCCUUACUGAGCACACGGAUUCCUCCUCCCCCUUUUUUUGUACAUUUUGGCACAAAGAAAAAGAUUAGAUCAGUUCUUAUGAGGUGUUCUGUUAGUGUCUCGGACUUACAUAAUUCCUAAACUCUAUUCCUCUUGAGCCAGCCAAUGAAUGGGGAGGAAUGGUACAAUACAAAGUUUUAUCAUGCUAAAUAACUUUUUUUAAUUUGUAGAGUCAGCUAAAUACCAAUCAUGUAUAUUUAAAUGAUGUACUUUUUUUAAAGUUUUGUUUGUAAAUAAGGUAACUGGGCAAUCAAACACCUUUUGGGGAUUCUGGCUUUAGUAUCUCAUCAGCCAUUUCAAAGUUAAAUAUAAAAAUAAAUCCUUUGUAGGAAAAUUACAUUCUGAUUUUUUUUAUUGCAGUUGAAAGUGUAAAUAGUAAGACAAUGUAAGACCUUCAUAAUGUCUAAUAUAAACUGGGCUAUAGCAAGCUGCCCUAUUUUUAUUAGGUUUUAAAGGUUUUUGUGUUUGUCUUCCCCCCCGCCCCCAAAUGUACAGUAGACUGGUGUCUGUAUAAGUGUUAACUGUAGUGGGAUUUUGUCCAGCAAGCCUGAAAUUUAUACUUUGAAAUAAACUACUGGGUUUUUAAAAUU